AUGCCACCUCACGUGUGGGCCUGCCUCUUGGUGUGUGCUGUGCUGUGCGUGUCAGGUCAGCCAUGUUGGUGUUUAAACUUCGAGUGUUUGACAGGAGAGUGUGUUUCAGUGACACAUGUGUCCGAUUUCAGUGACGACUGCAAGAACAGCAAGACAAACUGUACCCAUUCAGAGACAUGUGACUUUGAAGAGGGGAUGUGUGGCCUUGAAGUACAACACACAGCUCACAUGUGGGCCAGAGGCUCCUCUCUCACUGAUCCAGGGCUUCCAUUAGACCACAGGGGCAAUCCUGCAGGGCACUACCUGUAUGUGCACUCUGAAAAUGGAGAGGCGGUCACUGCAGAAAUAUCCAGUACACCCUUUGAGCCCUCAGAGUCUUGCAUGAUGACAUUCUAUCAUCACAUAGGCCUGGUGGCUGGAGAGCUUCAGCUUGUGAUCUCAUCAAACCCUUCAGAAGAGCAGCGGCAGAUCUGGAUACGAACCAAACCAAAUUCAGAGCUGCAUACAAGACCCUGGAUACGAUCAUCCGUGACAUUCGGAUGCAGUCAGGAGUUUCGGGUAGUAAUUCGAGGACUGAUCUUCAACAGCAGUGAUCCAACUGAGGUUAUUGCCUUUGAUGACCUGUCCUUCAACCAGGGCUGCGUAAAGGCUGCAGAGGUAAUGCAUGUGCUUUCCUCAGGCCCCUCUCAGUUUGACUGUGGGUCAGGUGUGUGCAUGGAUGACAAGAGGGUGUGUGACUUCACUCCAGACUGUCCACAUGGAGAAGACGAGGCCCUCUGCCCCGCUCAGUGUGAUUUUGAGGCAGGUUCAUGUGGCUGGCAUGAAUUUGCUCCAGCAGAUGGUUUUGCCUGGGUCAGAAGCUCACCUGCAGGAGUCCAUGCAGACUACCAACACCAAGCACCACCAAGAGACCACUCCACCAACACAAGCACAGGUCACUUCAUGUUCAUUCUGAAGAGCAGGAACAGUUUUUCUCAGCGAGCUUUACUCCAGAGCCCCAUGUUCCAGGAGGCAGGCUCAGACUGUACCAUCACCUUCUGGCAUUACAACGCUGGUAUGUCUGUGGGUGCUGCCAACAUGUAUCUACGAAUUGAGGGAAUGAGCAGCCUCACUGUCUUGUGGCGUACACUAUAUCACCAAGGCAACUUCUGGCAACCAGUGACUGUACAGAUUGGUCGUCAGAGCAGGCCCUUCCAGAUCUCUGUGGUCAAACUGAGUCUGGGCGUGUACGAUGGAGUCUCUGCCCUGGAUGACAUCAAUUUUCAUAAUUGCUCGUUGCCAGGGGCCGUGGACAAGUGCCUUUCCCCUCACAGCUUCCACUGUACACAAAGUCGAGCAUGUGUCGACUACUCCAAGCUCUGUGACCUCACUGACGACUGUGGAGAUGAAACGGAUGAAGAAAACUGCUCUUCAGAGUUGAUGUGCGAUUUUGAGGAAGGAUUAUGCAGCUGGACCCAGGAUGUGGAAGGAGACGUGUUUGACUGGACUCAUGUUCAGGGCCCUAGUCCCACUCCCAACACGGGCCCUUUCAAGGACCACACACUGGGCAGAAUAGACGGCCACUACCUCUACAUUGAGUCCUCUGCCCCGCAGGAGUUCAAAGACACUGCUGUCCUCGUCAGCCGACCUUUCCAACCCACUCCGCCCCAGGGUCACUUGCUGCACCCCCCAUGUGUCUUCCGCUUCCACUACCACAUGCUCGGGAAGCACAUCUUCCGAUUGGCCAUCUACAUCCGCACCCAGAGCAGCGGGCGGGGACGAAUGCUGUGGGUUCGCCACGGCAACCAGGGCAACCUUUGGCACAGGAAGACAUUGUACCUGAACAGUGCACGCCCCUUCCAGAUUCUAGUGGAGGGGACGGUAGGAGACGACUUCACUGGAGAUAUUGGCAUCGAUGAUCUCUCCUUCCUGGGCUGUGUGCCUUACAUGGGUUCACUCCCUUCGGGGGAGGCCAGCACGCCUCCGCCUACACCCACACCCACCACAGUGACACCCCACAGCUGCCUGCACAGCCAGUUUGUUUGUGGGACUUAUGGAGAGUGUGUGAGCCAGAGUCAGGUGUGUGACUUCAGACGGGACUGUUCUGAUGGCUCUGAUGAAAAAGACUGUGUGAUGGAAGAAUGUAGUUUUGAGGGCGGGGAUUUAUGCGGCUGGAAUCUGCAUAGCCCCGCCCCUCCAGUGCCACUCCAUGCUUUCCGCUGGCAAACAGGACAAGGAGAAACGAUACAUCACGGAGAACAAUAUCACAGGCCUGUGAAUGACCAUACGCUUGCAACCGCAGUAGGUUGGUAUGUGUAUGCAGACAGCUCUAAUGGAGGCUAUGGCCACACCUCUGAUCUCCUGACUCCGCCCAUAGCUGCCACAGGGCCCCAGUGUACCAUGGGAUUCUGGUAUUACAUGAACGGCUUCACUGUGGGAACACUACAGGUUUUUAUCAAGUCUGGUAAUGUCACACAGGAAGUAUGGUAUGAAACUGGUAACCAAGGAAACUGGUGGAUGCGCGGAGAGGUUUUCAUUGGAAUCCGCCACAAUUUCCAGGUGAUCCUUCGUGCUAAGCGAGGCAUCAGCUACAUGGGAGAUGUGGUGGUUGAUGAUGUGGCAUUUAUAGACUGCGCUCCUCUUGUCCUGUCUGGACUGCCCUGCACAAAGCAUGAGUUUGCUUGCGCUAAUGGUUACUGCAUCCCCCAUGGCAACCUGUGUGACUUCAUCGACCACUGCGGGGACGGCUCAGACGAGAACCGCUACAUCUGCAAGGGCUUCCGGUGCAAUUUUGAAUUUGACCUUUGCUCCUGGAGACAGCUGAAGAAUGACAGCUCUGAUUGGCUAAUCAACUCUGAAAGGAUGCCGAUUCUGCGGACGGGCCCACCCACCGAUCACACCUCCCACAGCUCCUCAGGUCACUACCUGUACCUGGAGAGCUUUUUCCCGCUGGCGUCCGGGGCCACGGCACAGAUCGUGGGUGUGCUGCUCAGCCAUCGUAGCAGAGACUGCAGGAUGGUGUUUUACCUGCAUAUGUCUGGUGAGGGCGCUGGCACUUUGAACGUGUAUCUUCUCACAAGCUCCUCCCACUCCCUCCUGCUCAACCUCACGGGGCAUCAAGGCAAUUACUGGAUCAGACAGGAAGUUGCCCUCUUCUCCAGCGAGCACUUCCAGAUCAUGUUCGAGGGCAAAGUGGGCCGGAUCGGAAAAGGUGACAUCUGCCUUGAUGACAUCACUUUCUCACCGGGCUGCCUCCUUAGCAACACUCCUGAUCUGGACCUCCCCACCACCCCACCUUCUGGCUCCUGUCCGCUAGGGUUACUUCAGUGCGUCAGUGGUGGCUGUUACAAGGCUGAUGAGUCUUGCGAUUUCACUGACAACUGUGGAGAUAACACUGACGAAAAAGACUGUGGCACGUCCUGCUCUUUUGAACAUGGGCUGUGUGGUUGGAAGAGUUCUCAGGUGGAGCAUUUUGGUUGGAAUCUGGGUACAGGAUCUGCCCAGAAAAUUAGACCACCACAUGAUCACACUUUGAUGAAUGAAAAUGGUCACUUUAUUUACUUGGCAGCAACUCCAGUCGGCUUAAAGGGGGAUAAAGCUCAUAUGAGAAGUUCAGUAUGGAAAGAGUCUAGCACAACCUGCAAACUGUCUUUUUGGUACUACAUUUCCCACAAGGCAACAGGAGUCAUACGUCUCUUCUUAAAGAUGCAACGAGAGGUGAAGGAGCUGUGGAUGGAGCAGACCACCAUGCCUGUGUGGAGGAGGGCCGAGGUGCCUUUGAGGAACCUCAGGAACUUUGAGCUCAUCUUUGAGGCGGAGCGUGCCAGAGACGUCAGCGGCGGGGCAGCACUGGACGACCUGGAGUUCAACGACUGCACGCGCAGUACCGUACAUCCUGGAUCCUGCCCUGCAGCCACAGAUUUUGUGUGUAACAGUGGUGGGUGUGUAGAGUCCAGCCUGGUGUGCGACAGUAAAGCAGACUGCUCCGAUACGUCUGAUGAAAUGGACUGCUCUGGUCUGGCAGGGUCCUGUGAUUUCAACAUGGCAGAAGAGCAGUGGGAGGCGUCCUGCCAGCUUGUGCAGGACCAGGAUGAUGAUUUUGACUGGCAGAUGGGGCGCGGCAGACAGCUUCAGGAGACGGGGCCCUCCGCUGACCACAGCCCCGACGGAGCAGGGAGCUACCUGCAUGUAAACUCUGCCACGCAGCAGGAGGGGGAUGUUGCCAGGGUAACCACUCAGCUGGAGUUUCCCGCCAGCACUGGCGUGUGCUAUUCUGCGCUUUGGUUCCACAUGCAUGGCUCUACACACACAGGCACGCUGAAGGUAUAUACCGUCGGCAGGAGCGGCAUCCCCCUGCAGAUGUGGGCCACCAGCGGGAACCACGGAGAUGGGUGGAAUUACGCGAACGUGGUGCUGUCGAACCCACUGCACUUCUGGGUGAGCUUCCAGGCGGAGGUGGGUGGCGACCGGCGGGCCAGCAUCGCCAUCGACGACCUGUCCUUCACGCGAGAGUGCGCCAUGGGUGGCUCCGUGACACCAACUCCGGCGACCUGCGGCCCCGGCCGCUUCCAGUGCGUGCACAUGCCAGCCUGUGUGCCGGAGGCCUGGCGGUGUGACGGCGAGCCCGACUGCUCCGACCUCUCGGACGAGGAGGGCUGUGGGAGCGAGCCACCCACCACGCCGUCCCUACCGACAACCUGCCCUGCCGGGCAGUACCCCUGUGCCCACGGCCCCUGCAUCCCCGCACUGCUGCGCUGCGACACCGUGGACGACUGCCCUGGUGCCGACGACGAACGCAGCUGCCCUGUUGCACAGUGUAACGGUGGUGAGUUGGUGUGUGAGGGUACCGGUAGCUGUGUAUCACACAACAGACGAUGUGACCAUACUGUAGAUUGCCCACCAUUUAACUCUGAUGAGUCCAGCUGUGAUGAAUGUCCACAAGGUUACUGCCUCAAUGCUGGAAUAUGUGUGGUGGGAAGUAAUGGGCCUAUGUGUAUCUGUGAGUCACUUUGGAGCGGCAACCGUUGCCAAGUGCAGCAGAAGCCACCCACUCCCACUACUGCUAGUGUUAUCCCUGACCCUGACACAGUGGUAGUGUACACAGCUGUAAGUGUUGCAGCGAUCCUACUGGCUGUUAUCGCUGCCACCGUUCUCUUCUUACUACGCAGAAAACAUGCAGCUAAAGAUCCCAGGCUGAUUGCUAGUGAAGAGCUGGACACUUCUGCUUGUGUGUGGAGAGGAGAGUUCCCAGAUGGGAAGUCCAGAGCCUGUUCUGCAUUUAAGCCGGGCUGGGGUAACAACCGCAGGCCUAGAAUCAGUGUUUACCCAUGGAGGGAGGAGCCUGAGUUUUCUGGCAUGCUGUCUUUCUCCAACCCACUAUACAAGGGAUCCAGAAGGUCUGCGGAUUGAAGAUAGAAACACACACACACAAUUAAUUGUACUUCAUGUCUCUGUGGAUAUAUUUUGUGUAA